AUGGUCAACAAACUUCUGAUCGCUGCCACUAUGGCAUCGACGAUCCCCUCAGUCAAUGCCUUCGAUCCCGCUAAAGAUAGGUGGCUUUGCCAGCAAGACGAUGCUAUAUGUGUCACCUCGUUUGUAUGGUGCUCAACCAUCGGUGAAGAUACUGCGAAAGGCUGUUCAUACCCCGAGAACACCUGGCCAGAGUCUCCCAACAACUUUGGAAAGAACCCAGCACUGGUUCUAUGGGAUCAAGAAUAUACGAUUAGCUGGAAGGGGACAGAUGACAAAUAUGCCACUCUCAUUGAGUGGCACUUUGUGAGAGACACGGAUCGGCCAAGCAACUCGAGUAAGCUCAAAAACAAAGAAAAGUCAUAUACUUUUAAGUUUAGCGACCUAGCCAGCGACUUUCCCAACAAAGACAACGACGAUAUCGACGCAGAACAAGUCAAAGCCGCUGCCAGUAACCUCAUGAACGUCUGGGCUGUCUCACAACCCGAUAGACCUGAUGAAGGCAAGGGUCAAGUUCAUGGUGACCCCUGGAUGGACAAGUCCCAACAUUUCAUAGUCGUGGAUGACGACGUGGUGCCAUAUCUCGAAACGCAACGCACGAUAGCUAAGCAGAAGCAGAAUGUAAAGUGGCACAACGGUGUCGUUCUCGGGGUUGGCGUUGGUGCACCAUUUCUUCUUGCUGCUGCCUUUGUCUUGGGCAGGUUCACAGGCAGGAAGAAGGUCAAGAAGGUAUCGGGCUACAAGUCUGUGGAAUCGUAUCAUUCGGGGUAUAACUCGGCGUAUCUGGGUGGUUAUUGA